CACCCUUCAAACUCACUCACAUAACCCUCUCUAAUUUCACACCAAAAGAAAGUCACAAAAUCGACCAAUUAUGGAGCCAGUGCAAUUAUUGGAACUUCCUAGUUGGGUCACAUUGUUUGCAACAUUUGUCAUCCUCCUCCUCUUCAGCCGCCGCCUCCGCCGCCACAAAUACAAUCUACCACCAGGCCCAAAACCAUGGCCUAUAAUUGGAAAUCUCAACCUUAUCGGAUCCCUCCCACAUCAAUCCCUCCAUGGCCUCACUCAAAAAUAUGGACCCAUCAUGCAUCUAUAUUUCGGCUCGAAACCCGUCAUUGUGGGCGCCACCGUAGAACUAGCCAAAUCAUUCCUCAAAACCCAUGAUGCUACUCUUGCCGGCCGGCCCAAAUUGUCGGCUGGAAAAUACACAACAUAUAACUAUUCAGACAUAACUUGGUCUCAAUAUGGUCCAUAUUGGCGUCAAGCUCGUAGAAUGUGUCUAUUGGAGUUGUUUAGUGCAAAACGCCUCGAGUCUUACGAGUACAUAAGAAAACAAGAGAUGCAUGAUUUUUUGCAUAAACUUUUCAAUUCAAAAAACAAAACAAUUUUGGUGAAAGACCAUCUUUCAACUUUGAGUCUAAAUGUUAUAAGUCGAAUGGUGCUAGGGAAAAAGUACUUGGAAAAGACUGAUAAUGCAGUUAUUUCCCCUGAUGAGUUUAAGAAGAUGUUGGAUGAGUUGUUUUUACUUAAUGGAAUUCUCAAUAUUGGGGAUUUUAUUCCUUGGAUUCAUUUCUUAGACUUGCAAGGUUAUGUGAAGAGGAUGAAGACUUUGAGUAAAAAGUUUGAUAGGUUUAUGGAACAUGUAUUGGAAGAACACAUUGAAAGAAGGAAAAAUGUGAAGGAUUAUGUUGCUAAAGAUAUGGUGGAUGUACUUUUGCAGCUUGCUGAGGAUCCUAAUCUUGAAGUCAAACUGGAGAGGCAUGGAGUCAAAGCUUUUACUCAGGACUUAAUUGCCGGAGGGACGGAGAGCUCCGCAGUAACAGUAGAAUGGGCAAUCUCCGAGCUGGUUAGAAAACCAGAGAUCUUCAAGAAAGCAACCGAGGAGCUAGAUAGAGUGAUAGGAAAAGAUAGAUGGGUUGAAGAGAAAGACAUUGCGAAUUUACCUUAUGUUUACGCAAUUGCUAAAGAAACAAUGAGGCUACAUCCCGUGGCACCAUUUUUAGUGCCACGAGAAGCUAGAGAGGAUUGCAAAGUUGAUGGUUACGAUAUUCCCAAAGGGACUAUAGUUCUUGUCAAUACUUGGACAAUUGCAAGAGAUUCUGAGGUUUGGGAGAAUCCAUAUGAAUUUAUGCCUGAGAGGUUUCUUGGUAAAGAUAUAGAUGUAAAAGGACAUGAUUUUGAGUUGUUACCAUUUGGUGCUGGUAGAAGGAUGUGUCCUGGUUACCCUCUUGGUAUUAAGGUGAUUCAAACAAGUUUGGCUAAUUUGUUGCAUGGAUUUAAUUGGACAUUACCUAAUAAUGUGAAAAAGGAGGAUUUGAAUAUGGAGGAGAUUUUUGGGCUUUCUACACCUAAGAAAAUACCAUUAGAAAUUGUUGUGGAGCCUAGACUUGCUGAUCAUCUUUACUCCCUUUGAGUAUUUUCUCUACUUAGGUUUUGUGUUUAAUAAGGUUGAGAAUUCAACAUAAUUGGAUUUGUGUGAGUUUAAUGUCAUCAUACUUAAUUACAAGAGCAAAAAAAAUGUAGGCAUGAUAAUGAAGAAAUAUAUGAUGUUGGAUUGUUGGAAUUUACAUUUAGUAAUGAGUGUAGUAGUAUAUCCCUUUGUUAAUUCUCUCUACUAGUUAUUGUAGAGUUUUGUAAUACCAAAUUAAAUUAUGUUAGUAUGUUCUUACUUGCUUUU